CUCUUAUAAAACGGCCCGCGCCGACCGAAGAGGCAGAGUGCCGCACAAGCAGCCCUACGAUACACAUCCAGUAGCCUAGGCCACCCAGGACCGUUCAGAAUGAACCGUACUCUGUGCGCGCUCGUGGUGUUGCUCGUUGCGGCCACCGCACACGCCAACGAGCUUAGCAAUGUUUACGACGAGGCUGAGCCCGAUCCCCGCUUCUUCUUUAUCAACUCCAACUCCACCUCGCUGUCCGUAUCCUUCACCUCGCUGAUCUACGGCCUGUUCGCCCUGCUGGCCCUGGGCCUGCUGGCCGCCCUGCUGGCCUUCUUCCUGUUCGGCUCGGGCGGGGGCGCCGACACCGGCUACUCGGGCUCCUCGUACAGCUCCUACGGCUCGGCCAGGGCUGCCGCGUCUGCUGACCCGUACUCCGCCAUCUGGGACAAGAUGUCCGUGCUCGACUGGAUCGCCAUGAUGGAGGAGGUGUACCGGAAGUUCGACGCCACCAGCCUGGAGUGCCAGCAGCGCCUGGUGUGCGAGCUGCACCAGAACGAGAACUCCUGGGGCACCACCGCGCGCAAGAUGAACGACGCCUUCAGCUACCUGCAGUACAUGGAGCUGCUCAACCUGCCCUCUGAGCUGCGCAUGCUGCUGGAUGAGUACCUGGACGCCGCCAACAAGGGCCGGACAAGCGAGAAGAGCUGCGCCGACCACUUCGCCGGCUGCGAGUUCAGCAUGAAGACCCUCAUCAGCAAGUACAACGGCUCAAACGCUCUCUGAACGUCGGCUCCCCGGUCCGCUGCUUGUUAACGAUCCCGUUGUUAACUUAUUAAUAGUUAUUUAUUGACGCGUGUGACGAAUACGACGCCAGUGACAGAAUGCCAAAUGGACGAAGACAGUGUGUGCUUGUACUGACCGACUGAGACGCACGUGCACAGGCAGGACGGGUGACGCAUGACAUAGGGUAGUCCUCCAUUCGAAUCUUCAUACCCAUCCCGCGUGUUACGCGGUAGAGACACUAGUAGUUGCGCCACGCAGCAUUCAUGCAUUCGUAACGAGUAGUGUCAGUAGCUACUGCGGUUAGUCGAACACAUGACUACGGCCGUUGCGCGACUCAGAGACGUCGUGGGGGAGGGGGGAUUCGGUGUGAGCAACCCUCGACUGGCGGCGCCGGGCCUCCGGACCCUCCCGCCACUCAACGCUAGACUGUGACUUGUUUGUUGACCAGUACUUGUUGAUUCUUGCUCAUGCCUCUGACAGGGAUUGUUUGUUGUUACCCGCUGCCUCCCCAGACGUGACGCCUCGGAUAUUACUGUGUUAUUUAUUGCAUCUGCUCGACCACAAUUGACGUGAUAAACCGCAAUGCGACGGGAAGUAUGGCAAUAAAAUUCCUCUUCAUAUAUACGA